AUGGACAAGAACAAGAAGCAGCAGGCUGGCAAUAAUAAUGCACAAGCACGGACGACGAUCAUCCCUGCUUCUACGUGCCUGCUGAGGCGUCUGGCUUUCAAGAUCCGCAAGCGAGGGUUCGUCGUCCAUAACGACACGAGCCUGCUUAUCAGCAACUGCUUUGGCGUAUGGUCCCUCCGCCGCCGCCGGUACGUCAGGAAGACGCGUUUCCUCCGUUUCAUUUUGCUCAAGGCCAAGGCCUUACCGGUGGAGAGGCGGUACGCCGCGCUGCGGAAGGUCGGCAUGCACUCGUGGCCGGAGUACGACGAGCAAGUCGCGUUCUGGAGGAGCAGGCUGGUGGACAUAUACUGGGACGCCGCGCCAGCGUGGUACAAGGAGAAGGUCGUCGACUACUUCCGCGCGGCGAGACGAUGGCGGCUGCGGCGCGAGUGGUGGGAAGCCCGCUUCGUCAUCGCCCCCGUCAGCGCACUCAUGCUCGCCGUCGCGAGCUUUCGACUAGUCAAGGCGGUGUUCUCGGGGGAGCGAGUAAACUUGCUACUCUUCACCGUCUUCUAUAUACUUGGGGCGAUUCUAUGGCGUAUAAUGUUGUUCAAACCAAAUGCUAGUGCUCUUAAGAUGUUGGAGGCUUCGAUGGGUUCCGGGGCCCGGAGAUCCAACAUGUACCCCAUCGGAAGAUCUGGUGCCAAGAGAUCCAGCGGCGCCCCUGGCGGAGGCUGCACCGGUGGAGGUCGCGUCGGCCCCGACGCCCAGAGCUGCUGGCCGUGCCCUCACGCGUCGGCCACAAGCGGCGCAAGCAGAAGGCAUCGUGCUGCCUCUGCCUCCUCAAGCUCGUGCUGCCCUCUGUCUCCUCAAGCUCGUGCUGCCUUCUGCGUCCUCAAGCUCGUGCUGCCUCUGCACAACAAGAUCCAACCACAAUUUUCCCACCUCAUGAUGUGUGACCAGGUCACCAAAGAUGGGUGA